ACAGCGAUCUGUCAGCUCAUCAGAAAGUCACAGCUCCCCCUCGCUCAUCCACCAAGCUCCAACUCCGAUCACUAUGGCCAGCUGCCCAGACACGACCCCCACCAUGGAGAUGACCGCCGAGAACCAGGAGGCCGCUGGUGAAGCCUGCGGCCGCAGCUGCUACGGCCACGGAGGCUACGGCCACGGAGGCUACGGCCACGGGGGUUACGGCCACGGAGGCUAUGGCCACGGAGGCUAUGGCCAUGGAGGCUAUGGCCACGGAGGCUAUGGCCACGGAGGCUAUGGCCACGGAGGCUAUGGCCACGGAGGCUAUGGCCAUGGAGGCUACGGCCACGGAGGCUACGGCCAAGCUCUGGGCUACGGCCACCACGGCUACGGCGGCUACGGCCUGGGCCACGGCCACCUGAGCACCUACACGCACGCGCAGGGCCACUACGCGUACCCGGCCAAGGGCUGCGUCUCGCCGUGCGCCCCGCGGCGCUCCAAGUCGCCGUGCUGCACCCCUUGCCCGCCGUGCGUGCCCAAGAAGUGCGAGCCGUGCCCGGUCACCAAGUUCAAGGGGUGCCCCUCUCCCUGCCGCACCGUUGUCGCCGGAGGCUAUGGCGGCUACGGAGGCUACGGCUACGCGGGCAAAUACUGAGGUGGCCCCGCUCGAGUUGAGAGUCGCCGGUAUCGCGUGGGCACGUGGGCACUUAGCGCUCACAACCACACGGGGCAAUCCCCAUAACCCGCUGUAAUUUAUCCCACUGCCACCUGCGUGCCUAACCGCACCCGGGGUGGGGUGGGUGCCAAUUCGCGCGCUGUCUGCCAACGACCGCCCUCCCUCCCCGUCCAUCUGCCGGCUGGCCAGUCGCGCUGGUUGGGUUUCUUUUCGUCUAAAUCUGUCCCAAAGUAACGGCGUCACCGUAGGUGCUUUGGAUCUCGCGUGUAGCCUUUUCUUUGGGGGGUGGAGUUGACUUAUGAUCAGGAAUCGAAUAUGAUUUAUUUCAGAAAAUAAAAAAACCCAAAACGUAACAUUCAGUUCCUGACAAAGUGCCCAGCACGUUCAGCGAAACAUCGGAGGGUGAUUUGCAGUCAUGGUUGCUUUGAUCAGAUGUGGUGUGCCGGUGCAUGCGUGUGUAUGUGCUUGCAUGUGUGUGAGUUCAGUUGGGUUUAAAUUGCUCUGUUGGUGGUUUGAGUUGGUCCGCUGAAGUGCCGGUGAUGAACGCCGUCUCGUUUCAGCUUGAAUCAAUCACUUGUAAUGAAGUACCACAUCUAAUAAAGUACCCUAUCUAUACACACC